CGCCUCACCUCACCUCACUUCAGUUUAACUAAACUUAGCUCAACUUAACUCAACUUAACUCUUCCUCUUUCCCAUUUUAUUCAACCCCCUUUUUUUUUAUAUUUUUUUAAAGAAAAAAAAGAAGACACAAAGAUAAUCUCAGACACAUAUAUCUUUGAACAUAUUCUUCUUUUCUCUCUUUUUCUCUUUCUCUUAAAAGCAACCAAACGACUGAACUUCUUUUAGUAAAAAUAAUAAUAAUAAUAGGAUUAAACCAACCAUGGACAGUGUUGUACCUGACAAUAGCGUGAGCACCGCACAGCCCUCAAACCCAGUCUCAAAGAACAGCACAACUUCUAAUGCCAUCAUUGAAAGUUGGGAUGAGGACAUUGAACCUAUCUCGCGUCUCCAGAUUGUGGAUGAAGACCAAAAGUUUACAGAGAACCUUCCUGAAUAUAUGGGCAAAUGGGGUUUGGCAGAAGCUGGAUUUAACUACAAUGUUGUAGCUGUGUUUGGUUCCCAGAGUACCGGCAAAAGUACACUUCUUAAUAAGCUGUUCGGAACCGGGUUUGAUGUUAUGGACGAGACCCAGCGUAGUCAGACCACAAAGGGUAUUUGGAUCUCGCGUGGUCGAGGCAUGCAUGUUGUGGUCAUGGAUGUGGAAGGAACUGACGGAAGAGAGCGCGGUGAGGACCAAGAUUUUGAACGCAAAUCUGCUCUCUUCUCCAUGGCUACCAGCGAAGUCAUCAUUCUUAAUCUGUGGGAGCACCAAGUCGGUCUCUAUCACGGUGCCAACAUGGGUCUCCUCAAGACUGUCUUUGAAGUUAAUCUGCAACUUUUCCAAAACCAAAAGGGCAAGGAAAAAACCCUCAUUUUGAUCGUUAUCCGUGACCAUGUCGGUGCUACCCCUUUAGAGAACCUUUCCAAGACUCUCCAAGCAGAUCUUGAGAAGAUCUGGGCUGGUGUGUCAAAGCCCGAGGGCCUUGAAGAUUGCAAGAUCCAUGACUAUUUUGAUUUUAUGUACACCGGUCUUCCUCACAAGGUUCUCCUUCCGGAAAAGUUUGAUGAAGAAGUUGCCAAGCUUCGUACAAGAUUCAAUGACCCUAAAGACCCCAAUUACGUUUUCCGUCCCCAAUAUCACAAGCGUAUUCCAGCAGAUGGCUACCACAUAUAUGCUUCUGGUAUUUGGGACACGAUUCUCACCAACAAGGAUCUUGAUCUCCCCACUCAGCAAGAACUCCUGGCUCAGUACAGAUGUGACGAAAUCUCAAAUGCUGCCUAUGAGGUUUUCUUACAACAAAUCGCUCCUUUCAGAUCCCCUAUUGUCGAAAAAGGACAAACUAUCCCAGAGCUUGGCGAACAGUUGUUAAGUAUCCGUAGCGAAGCGUUGCAGACUUUUGAUAAGAAUGCUUCACGCUACCAUCAAGGCGUCUAUCAGAAGAAGCGAGCUGACAUGCUCACAAAACUCAACACCCAACUUAAUGUACUUUAUGUUGGACAACUUAAGAAUCUCCACAAGAAGGCGAUCACAAUGUUUGAGGAGAGGCUCAAGACCGAGCUAAAGAAACCUUCAUACAACUUUGCAGAGGUUGUUGAAGCUGGCUUAAAAGAAUCAAACGAGUACUUCUUGAAGGGUGCUAAAGAAAUCAUUUUACCCGACACCGAUUGGUCCUACAGUCAUGAACACAGUCUUUUGGAAGAAGAAUUUGGAGAGGUCUCUAGUCGUGCUCGUUCAGAAGAAUUCAGAAAGAUGAGCAAAGCCUUGUCGAAACAAGUAGAGACUGAGCUGUCUGAGCCAGUAUCACUUGCGCUCAACAACCCUAAACCCGGGAUGUGGCAAAAUAUUAUCGAUGCUUACAAGAAGACAGUCGAUAGUGGAGAAAAGGUUUUGACCCAAAAGGCCAAGAGUUUCAACUCGUCUAAAGAAGAGCUUGAUGAUUCUCGUGCCAAUUUAAAACAGCAGGCGUGGGUUGUGUUGCGUAAAAAGGUUGACGAGGAAUUGGCUGAUAGUAUGAUAUUGCUCAAACUACGAAACAGUUUUGAGGAGAAGUUUAGAUACGACGAGCAUGGUCUUCCUCGUGUCUGGAAGCCUUCUGAUGAUAUCGAUUUACAUUUUAAGCGUGCAAGAGAUGCUGCUCUGGAUCUUAUCCCUCUUUUUGCAAAAAUUGAAUUGGAAGACGGGUCCACAUUCAAAUUGGAAUCCACAGAGGACUUUGAUUACCAACAAUCAUUGAUUGUCCUUAGUGAAGCCAAGCAGAUUGAUAUAUCCAACCGCUUUAAGCGUGAAUCUGAUCCUUUUUACCUGGAAGCCAAGCGUUCUGUGGUGGCUACGACUGCCAAGAUACCCAUGUGGCUUAUUGUUGUCAUGAUUGCUUUGGGCUGGAACGAGUUUAUGACCAUCAUCAAAAGCCCUAUCUACCUGGUGUUGUUUGUUAUGUGUGUUGCUGGUGGCUACGUUGUAUAUGCUCUCAACUUGUGGGGUCCUCUUGAACGCAUUAUAUCUGCAGUUGUGGGAGAGGCGACGAGGAUGGCCAAAGAGCGUGUAGCGGAGGGAGUGGAGAAGGUGCGAGAACAGACAGAUGACAAGAAGUUAACACCUGUAAAGGCAUAGAUGAAAACAUAAAUUGUGGAAAGAUGGACCUAAACAGCACAAAUGAUACCAAUCUCUUUCACUUUAUACAUAACAAAUAAAGAAUAUAGUGUUUUAUUUAUUCCACUUAUUACAACAACAACAAAAAAUUGAUCGUGU